UAAAAAGGUCACUACUAUAUAUUCAUCUCUCCCCCAAUUUUUUCCCUCAUUUCUAACAAACAACUGCAUACCCCUUUCUCUAACCAACAACUGAUUACCCUUUCUCUCUCUCUUGAAUUUCCCUGUUUUGGUUUUUUUUUUCUUCUGCAAGAACCUCCAUGAAAGGAGCUUAACAGCAGAAGAAAGCAGAAAAAGAAGUGCAAGAUUUGAUUGUUUGUGAGUUUCUGACAAAUGGGUAAGUACAUAAGGAAGUCAAAAAAAGCAUCACCUCUUGGUGUUCUUACAAGGGCUAAAGCUUUAGCUCUUAACGGCGGUGAUGGUGGGUCAUACCUAGAGCUUCGGAGUAGAAGGCUAGUCAAACCCUUUACAGUUAUUGAGGGGAGAAGACAGAAAAAUGGUGUUUCGAAAAAUCCCAAUUUGCUAAACCCUAACCCUAAUGUUUGUGUCAAUUCUGAAGUGGGAAAGGAGUGUUUGGGUGCUAAGGAAAUGGAGGAAAUGGAAAAUCUGAAGGAGAUUGAGAAGAGUUGCUGUGGUCCUGCAGAUUCAUUUGGAGAAAACUUGCUGGAAUUUGAAGGUAGAAAGAGGACCACCAGGGAGAGCACACCUUGCAGUUUGAUAAGGGAUUCAGACAGCAUUCCGACCCCUGGUUCCAGUACGAGGCGUACUAAUCCAAAUGAGGCCAACAGCAGAGUACCAAACUCUGUGCAAGCGACUAUUCCAACAGAUCGUGAAAUGGAUGAGUUUUUUGCCCGUGCAGAAGCAGAGCAGCAGAGGAAGUUCAUCGAGAAGUACAACUUUGAUCCAGUGAAUGACAAGCCUCUUCCGGGACGUUACAAAUGGGUGAAAGUAGAUCAUUAGACAACGUUCCAUCGGCCUCGUCCUGCAUUACCUUGUUUCAUCUUUAGGCUUUAGAUAAAGAUAGGAAAAAUAGCAUGUAAGUUUUUGUUUUACAAUGGUGUUGUGGGUGGUGAAACUUAUAUUUCCCCUCACUCACUGACUUGUAAAGUGUUUAGAAUGUAGACUAAUAUGAUCUGUAACAUAACAGCGCUUGUGACAUUAAACAACAGAUACAAGGAGAGACAUCCUCUGACUAUUAACAGAUCAUGAAAAAGGGAAAGAACAAGGGUCCUUGUUGUGGUAGUCUUAGUAGUAGUCGUCCUAGUAGUAGUAGUGGUGGUACAAAAGGGGUAGGCGGUCUUCUAAUCUUUGUUUUGAGCAAGUCUAUUUUGUUCAUAAUUGUACUGAUGGUAACUUGUUUUUAGACAUAUUCUGAAUAAAUUGACCCUCAAAGUUGUUUUCCUCCCUUUCA